AUGAAUAAUCUAGCUUUAACCUUUUUGGCAAAUGCUGCCUACACGUUAACAAUAUUGCUUAAUGGUACGAAUAACACUUAUAUAAGUAUCAAUAGUGGAACAACACAUUCAUGGUCGGGUUCAUUAACAAUCGAUUUUGUUGGUGUUCCAGUAUUCUCUAUCGAAGGAAACGCUUACAUAAAUAUUGGUCAGUUAAUGGAACGACUUGAGGACACGUUCAUUUCAUUUAUUAUAAGUGCAAUAAUACAAAAUCAAGAAACAAUUACAUCUCAACUCGUCCACCUUACAGUAUUUUGUAACUGUGAAACAGAAAUCGACAUGAGGUGCAUAGAAGAUAAUUCAUCGAUUGAUGAAAAUGCUACCUUAAGUACAACUUUGAAUCAAAUUCAAAUGAAUCAUGAAAAGAAACUGAAUAAUUUUCGUUAUUUACUAUCAAAUGAUGUUGGCCUGCCUACUGAUAUUAUUUACUUUAUUUACAGUGAAGAUAAAGUGGCAACCCCACUGACAUCCCUAUUAUUAAAACGAAUGACAGAACUUUCAUUAGAAGCCCGGCCAAUCAGAAUUGGCGAACUUUUAUCUACAGAAUGUGUGUCGGAAUUGAUGCCAGCACGGUAUCAGUAA